GACACAAAGAGGAGGAAGAUGUGCGACGUGCAGCUGCUGCGGGAGUCGGUACAUGAGCGGAUCAGCGCCGCCGCCGAAGACUUCCUGCUGCAGCUGGAGAAAGGAGGAGAAACGGCUCGAGUCCCGGAGCUGAGAGCGAUGCUAACCGAGCGGCUAACGGCGGCGGUGGAGGAGAUCGUCGCGGUGUUCGAAGACAGAAUGGAGCGGUCCGAGCGGGAGAUCUGCCGCCAGAGGAGGCUGCUGGAGGCCGUGAUGAAGCCCGAACUCCGGCUGCACCGAGUUGUGUUUCCUGCUGACGUACAGCAGCUGAUGGUGAAUAAAGAAGAGGUUCCCCCUGAGCAGCAGCAGUGGAGCCCCCUUGUGGACCAGGAGGACCAAAACCCCCCCCAUAUUAAAGAGGAACAGGAGGAACCGUGGACCAAUCAGGAUGGAGUGCAGCUUCAACAAGUUGAGCAGGCUGAUAUCAAGUUCACAUGGACUGCUGUCACUAUGAAGAGUGAAGAAGAUGAAGAGAAACCUGAGUUGUCUCAGCUUCAUCAGAGUCAGACUGAGGAGAACAGAGCGGACUGUGGAGAACAAGAACCAGCCAGGAACUCAGGUCCUGAUGGACAUUUACAAUUGGAAGAGAAGAUGUGCUGGAGCAGCCAGGCCCUCUCCUUGGCGAUGCAGGAAGGGAGGCUGGCCGCCUGCCUCUUCAGUGGGUUGAGGGAAAGGGAGUGA